UCGCUCGCCUGUCUUUCUCACCACCAUAAUCACCUCGGCUAUACAUUUUGUUUCCGGUGACCAUUUUGUCUGUGUUUUCUGCUGAACAAAUAAAAAAAAACACGAGUUGGAAGUGAUGGGAACAGAGAAAAGGAUCACGGCGGCGGAUUUAAGCAAACACGACACCACAUCCAGCGCGUGGCUCGCUGUCAACGGCACCGUUUACGACUUUACUGAGUUUGCGCCAACUCAUCCAGGAGGCUCGGAGAUAAUAUACCGCUUCGCUGGAAAAGACGCGUCUGGAGAAUACAACCAGAUCCACGCGCCAACUCUUGUGGAAAAGACGCUCUCCGCGAAACGAAUUGGGCCUAUCAACAUGCCGCCACCACAGUCUACAGCUAAACCAACAGCUCCAAAGCCAAUUUCAACCCCAGUUUCUUCUGUAGCCGUCCCCGAUGCUCCGCUUUCUCUUACUGACAAGCUCAACCUCGACGACUUUGAGCGUGCUGCGGAACAAGUCUUCUCACCCAAGGCAUGGGCCUUUAUCAACGGCGGCUCCAAUGAUCUAAUCACCCUUGGCCUGAACCGAUCCAUGCUAAAUCGCAUAAUGUUCCGUCCAGCCAUCUUUCGUAAAGUGGCUUCCGUCUCAACGAAAACAACACUCUUUGGUUGCGACCUAGCUAUCCCUGCCUUCAUAUGCCCCAUGGGAACAACGCGCCUGGCAGGCCCAGAGGCAGAGAUUGCGCAAACAAAAGGUGCCGCGGCAUCAGGAUCAAUUCAGUGUAUAUCAACGGCUGCCUCGUUUCCAUUAGACGACAUUCUAGAAGCCACACCUAAGCAGGCCUGGUUUCAGCUCUAUGUCAACAGCGACCGCAAGAUUACAGAGGCGCUGGUGCGCAAAAUAACCAACGACGGCAGGGUUAAAGCACUGUUCAUUACUGUCGACCUCCCAGUAGUGUCAAAGCGUGAAGCGGAUGAGCGAGUUAAAGCAGACAACAAAGCAGUCACCAACCCAGCCCUCUCCAAAGGGAAUAACAGCCAAGGUGUCGCCAAGAGCGUCAGCUCGUGGUUUGACGCCAACUUAUCGUGGGAUGAUAUUGCUUGGCUUCGAGGGCUAACACACCUGCCUAUUAUUGUCAAGGGCAUUCAGCGCUACGAAGAUGCCAAGCUGGCUAUGGAAUAUGGCUGUGACGGCAUUCUGAUUAGCAACCACGGCGGUAGAGCGGUAGAUGGUGCCGUCCCGUCUAUCCUGACAUUGCUGGAGAUUCGAAAGAAGUGUCCCGAAGUCUUCUCGAAAUUAAAAGUGCUGGUUGACGGCGGAUUCCGUCGUGGAUCUGAUAUUAUCAAGGCCAUGUGUCUUGGCGCAUCUGCUGUUGGAUUUGGGCGGCCGUUCAUGUACGCGCUGCAGCACGGCCAGCCUGGCGUGGAACAUGUGUUUAACAUUCUCCGUGAUGAGCUCGAGACGGGUAUGAGACUGUGUGGUAUGACGGAUAUCGACAGCGACCCCAGCCCGAAAUACAUCAAUACUAGAGACUUGGAUUAUCUAGUUGAUGGCGACGAACUACCUCCGCUUCGUCAAAAGCUGUAGAUGAUAAUACAUGAAGCUCAAUUGGAUUUUUUGUUGGUGUGAGACAGCGUGUCCUCAGAUACUAGACUAUUUUCCUUGGAUAUUUGCAACUAUAAAUUUCCUGAUAAAUUUAUGCCAUGAUAUUAAGUGCAUUUUAUCAUUUUUCAUAUUAUUCUACUAUUUUA